GGCUUCGGGAGUUGUUUUCUCGAGCUGGUGUUCGCCCGGAGGUCGAGCUGGGGCCCGAGGUCUCCUGGCUAGCGACCCGGAGGUUCCUCUGCUGGAAACUUGGAAGACCGACCGGGUGGGUCUGGGGUCAGAGGUCCGACGGCAGCAGUGAGCUCUGAGACCCGAGUCUCUCCUGACCGACGUCCCUCCCUCUGCAUCCGCACAGCCGGGCCCGUCCCCAGCCCUGGUGGAGAUGGGGUCUACUCAGAGCGUCUCAGGCACUCCGGCACGGCCUCUGCCGCGCAACAAGCAUGUGGCCCGAGUAGCAGACCCUCGUUCCCCCAGUGCGGGCAUCCAGCGCACUCCUAUUCAGGUGGAGAGCUCUCCACAGCCAAGCUUACCAGCAGAACAGCUGAACAGUCUCAGACAGGCACAAGACCCAGAUCCCCGCUCUCCCACUCUUGGCAUUGCACGGACACCCAUGAAGAUCAGUGGUCCAGACCCUCCAUGCUCGCUGGUGAAAGAGCUGAGUGAAGUUUUUGAGACCGAGGCCUCGGAAUCAGCUUCCUCCCCAGAGCUUGCUCUGCCGCAGGAAACUCCUUUAUCUCCUGAACGGGACCUGCCUUCGGACCCUCAGUUAUCCCUUGAGGUCCAGCUGCUGUCUUGGAGCCAUACUGAACCUGAUUCCAAACAGGAGGAAGCGAAGCAAUCCACAGAAACCAUAGUUGCCAACCAGAACUCAGACAAGGCCUCCAGAGACCCAGAGACUCCCCAGUCCUCAGGUUCUAAGCACAGUAGACGGAAAGCAAAGAGCAAGCUCCUAGGGAGGUCCCCUCUCACCGUCCUGCAGGAUGACAACUCCCCAGGGACCGUGACACUACGACAGGGUAAGCGGCCUUCUGCACUAAGUGAAAAUGUUAAGGACCUAAAGGACGGAGCCAUUCUUGGAACUGGAAGAUUUCCGAAAGCUGGAGGAGGAGCGUGGGAGCAGAGCCAGGACCAUGACAAGGAGAAUCAGCAUUUCGCUUUGAUGGAGAGCUAGGUCUGUGCUGGAUUCUUCCCGAGCGCCGGGAGAGCCCUGGUCUCUGAUUCCUCUCCCUCUGCCAACUCUGUCCUUGGACAUCAUUCUUCUAUGUGUUGUGUGUUUCCUGUAUAUUAAAGUAGACGAUUUUAAAUGA